UCUAAGAAAUUUGGUCUGGCUGUAUAUUCUUUGCAUAUAAGAUGGAGUUGCCCUGAAAUGUGUGUGUGUGUGUGUUUUAAAUACCUUUUUCAUUUGAGUUCUUUUUGUGUGUGCUUUGGUUUGUUUGUUUUGUGGUCUUGUGGAUAUUUUUGUUUGUUUUUGUCGGCAAAAAAAAAAACUGAAGAAGAAGAAGAAGACGAACAAGAAGAAGAAGACGAACAACAAGAAGAAGAACCAGUGUCGUUGAGUAAUUACUUUACCAAGAAAAUGGGAAGAAAAGUGACUCUUGCUACUUGUUCGUUGGAUCAGUGGGCCUUGGAGUUUGACGGCAACUUAGAGAGAAUACUGAAAAGUAUUGAGAUUGCCAAAGAACAUGGAGCCAAAUACAGACUGGGCCCAGAGCUGGAAAUCUGUGGGUAUGGCUGCGCAGACCAUUUUCAUGAAUCGGAUACAUUGCUCCACUGUUUUGAAGUUCUGAAGAAGCUUCUAGAAUCUCCCAUUACCCAAGACAUUAUUUGUGAUGUGGGAAUGCCCAUCAUGCAUCGCAAUGUACGCUACAACUGCCGGGUGAUUUUUCUCAACAGACAAAUCCUACUGAUUCGACCAAAGAUGCUGAUGGCCAACCAUGGCAUCUACAGAGAGAUGCGUUGGUUCUCACCCUGGACAAAGUUUCGGACAGUUGAGGAAUACUUUCUGCCAAGAAUGAUCCAGCAGGUCACCGGACAGGAUACAGUCCCAUUUGGAGACUGUGUGCUCUCUACCAAGGAUACCUGUAUUGGGACUGAGAUGUGUGAAGAGUUAUGGCAUCCCUCUAGUCCUCAUAGUCAGAUGGGUCUUGAUGGAGUGGAAAUCUUUACCAAUUCCUCUGCAAGCCACCAUGAGCUCCGCAAAGCAGACCAAAGAAUCAAUUUGAUCAAGUCUGCAACUCUCAAGAGUGGCGGUAUCUAUUUGUAUGCAAAUCAGAGGGGUUGUGACGGAGACAGACUGUAUUAUGAUGGUUGUGCCAUGGUGGUUGUCAAUGGGGACAUUGUGGCGCAUGGAGCACAGUUUUCUUUAACUGAGGUGGAGGUGAUCACAGCCACUCUGGACCUAGAGGAUGUACGCUGCUAUAGAGGAGAGUCUUGUCAGCUUCAGCUGGGAAGUGAAUUCAAACCAUUCUAUAGGAUCAAAGUUGACUUUUCUCUAUCCAGUAAUGAUAAUGACAUCUUCCUCCCCACCCACCAAGCGAUAACAUGGCACUUGCCUACGCCAGAAGAAGAAAUCAGCCUCGGGCCAGCUUGUUGGCUAUGGGACUACCUAAGGAGGAGUGGACAGGCAGGCUUUCUGUUGCCUUUGAGUGGAGGAGUUGAUAGCGCCUCUGUUGCCUGUAUUGUCUACUCUAUGUGUGUGCUGGUUUGUCAGGCAAUAGAAAAUGGCAAUAACCAGGUACUGGAAGACGUUCGCAGGUUAAUUGGGGAUGACACGUACUUUCCUCAGCAGCCAAGGGAGCUCUGUGGUCAUAUCUUUACUACUUGUUACAUGGGCAGUGAAAACUCAUCAGCAGACACAUGCGACCGUGCCAAAAAGUUGGCCAGUCAGAUUGGGAGCACUCAUAUGAACAUUAAUAUAGACAUGGCAGUAAAAGGCAUUCUGGGUAUCUUCUCAAUGGUUACUGGAAGAUGGCCUCAAUUCCUCGCCAAUGGAGGGAGUCACAGGGAAAACUUGGCGCUGCAGAAUGUGCAGGCAAGGAUAAGGAUGGUCCUGGCUUAUUUGUUCGCCCAACUGAGUCUCUGGAGUCGAGGAAAACCAGGGGGCUUACUGGUGCUUGGCUCAGCCAAUGUAGAUGAGAGUCUGACAGGUUAUUUUACAAAGUAUGACUGCUCAAGUGCUGACAUCAACCCUAUUGGAGGGAUUAGCAAAAAUGACCUGAAGAGUUUUCUUCAGUACUGUGUUCAGCAAUUCCAGCUCACAGCUCUUAGAAGCAUCCUGGCUGCUCCACCCACUGCUGAACUGGAGCCUCUGACUAACGGACAGGUGUCGCAGACAGAUGAGGCUGACAUGGGGAUGACCUACUCCGAGUUAUCAGUAAUUGGACGCCUAAGGAAGAUCUCCAAAUGUGGACCUUAUAGUAUGUUCUCUAAACUCAUUCAGAUGUGGAAGGAUGUGUUGUCACCCACAGAGGUUGCAUACAAGGUUAAGUGCUUCUUCAGGAUGUACUCAAUGAACCGCCAUAAGAUGACAACAGUGACUCCAUCCUACCAUGCUGAGAGCUAUAGCCCUGAUGACAACCGCUUUGACCUUCGUCCUUUCCUCUACAACACACGCUGGAACUGGCAGUUUCAGUCUAUUGACAGUGAGAUAUCACAGAUGGCAACAAAAAUGCACUAGUACUAAGGUGUUCAUUCCCAAAUAAUAUUGUCAAAAUAGUAAACAUUUUUUGAGUUGGUUUGUAUUAAAUUCCAAACACAAUACAGUACAGGAAUUAACAGCAUUGGGAUUUUCUUUUGUUUAAUUAACCCCAAAUGUGUCAUGAUUCGUCCCCGAUCACGUCCAUGUUGUCAUUGUUUUGUCCGUCUGUCUGUGUGCUCAUGUCCGUGGAUCAUGUCAGGGUGCUUCUGUCAUGUCUCGUCCCCGGUUUUGCUAGGUUGCCAUGGUUUCUGUUCACGUCGCCCCUCCCUUCCUGUGUCACCUCAAUCAAUGUAACCGCGUUCACCUGCCUCGUGUUUUGUGUUUUGUAUUUAAGUCCUGUCUGCCCCUCGUUCACUGUCGGAUCAUUGCUUGUCAGUUGUUGCGUGUGUCGUCGUCGUCAGGUCCUGUUGUUUUCUUAUCUUACGUCCUGGUCGGUCAGUCUAGUCAUUGCUGUGUUAACCUCAUGAUGUCUUUUUGUUCCACGUAUUUUUCGGUCAGUCUUGUUGUUAGGUUUUGUCAGUGAGUUAGGUUAGUGUACCAAGUAUGUAUUUUGAGUUCUUCCAAUAAACCCUGGUCCAAGCUGCA